AUGACCUCCGAUAAACAAAACAAUGGCCAUCUCGCCAAACCGUUCACGCCGACCCUCUCCGCGGCCUUCCACCGCACCAGCAAAGCCCCUCUCACACCCAAACUCGCGAGCCCAAGCCCGGGACCCUCUGUUGCUCGCCGUCUCGCCCAUCCCGACCACCCCUAUUCCACUCCCACCAAGGAGGAUAUCUCCACCGUCCCCCCAUCUUUCCUGAGCGCAAACGUCACCCCUCGAUCGGGUUCGCGCAUCACCCGCCGCGAUGGGGCUUUCUCCUCACCCACGAAUACCCCUCCUGCCCAUUCCCCGCCGGCACCAUACUCUCAGCCCACGGUCGGCCUCGGGGUCAAUGGCGUGCGGCGGACAGAGCGGAGCCCGGCCCGCGGGGUCAAACUCGAGCAGCCAAGGAGUUUGAGAGCGAAGACAUUGACGGCAGACGGACAGCAGACUUCGCGACCCAAUUCGUUUAGUGAUCUCGCCUCCAACUCCACCAUGUUCUUCCACGCCUCUGAUGCCCGGUCAACCAAUUCCUCCGAGGUGGAUGCACCAUCUCGCCCCAAGCAGGGCAAGGUGUCCCCCGCCACGAGCUUUGUCUACGCCAACGGUGAUCAAGAUCGGCGAGCUUCGACUGAAGACUCGCACUCUACUCUUUCCACUGCCAAGCGCCGCUCAGGGGGCGUUCCUCGCUUUGUCCCCGCAACCAGACCGGCUGCCUCGGCUUCCCCUCGUCUCAAGUCCCCCCGGAUCUCAGAUGCCACAUCCACUCCCCCUGAUGAUACACUAUCCCAGCACAGUUCUGACCCAGAUAUGGGGUUUGUUGAAAGUGUUGUGCAACGCUAUGCGUCGCCGCCGAAUGCCAUCCCUGAUAGACCGCAACCCCCCCUCACUCCGACUGCACAAAAAAUCAUCGAGCAUGGACUCAAGCAGUCACUAUAUCACUCCUCCAGAAGGACUUCGAGCAAGUCCGUUUUCAGCAAUGGCUCUUCUGUAUCUACAGAUCCACAUGUGCCCAUGCCUCUGAGCCCGGGAAAGUCCGACGGACCGAAUGAUAUGGCACUGAAUGCGCGGACAGAACGUAAAAUUCUGGAUUUGGAAAUCAGCAAUUCUUCUCUCUUGGCCAUCAACCGGACAUUAGAACGAGAAAUGCGGAAGCAGAACGCCGAAUUGCGGAGAUAUCGACGCCUCAGCCGCUCUGGGCGUCUAUCUAUGGCACCUUCGACGCGAUCCAUCUCGGGCACUGCGCUGUCUACGACAAGUGAAGUGGACGAAGGAACAAGCGAACUUUCAUCCAUUCGGUCUCGUGACGAAUCUUCUGAAUUCAGCGAUGAAGACUCAGUCGCAGAUGAGGGAAUCUUGAGCCCCGACUCGCUCGCUGAACAUGAUGCAAAACACCAUGCCCAUGAUGAGAAACGCUUCAUGCUUGACCUCGCCCGGCACCAGGAGCUCCUGAUUGAUAGUCAGAAGAUGAACCAGAGCCUGAAACGAUGUCUUGGAUGGACUGAAGAGCUUAUAAAAGAAGGCCAGAAGGCCCUCGAGUACAAUGUCCGCGUCCAAGAUAUCGAGUUGGGUGGCCGGGUCCUGUCUCCAGAAGAGUUGGGCGAGAUUGGCGAGAUUGGACGAGGAUUGCUCAGUCCGUCCACCGAAUAUGCUUCUGUUUUUGCCUCUGACCCCUUGCCUUCCAACGAUUCAUUCCCCGACCCAGCGACGCUCCCUUUACCGUCGUCCCCCGGUGGGACCGACUAA